AGGCGACCAUUAUUGUUUGGGGGUAAUUAGCGUGGAAUAUGAUCCCUGUGGCGGUGGAUUCAUCUCACAAAUGGCGUCCCAGACUUGUAGGGAAUCCUAAGCAUAACUGUAAAGCUAUUGUCGUUUUAAGUCAUGAUGCGUUGUUAGCUUUACCCCCCACCUUGGCAGAGGCCACCCCCCCGUCCCUCCCUCUCAUCCAUCUACCUGUUCUACCUGCUCGCAUCCCUCGGCUGUUUUCAUAACUGUUGGACUCCUCAUCUCUUGAUGGAUACCAUGGUGUGGACCUCUAAGAACAGGUUUUGGGUGUUGAUACGAGCCAACAAUGGUCACAACUGUUGUAGCACAUUCGAAUGCCAAGGCCAGAGGUCCACAUUGCUGAGAUGGUGUCCAAAGUGGCGAGGACGAGGGCCAUGGUGAUCAUACUGUGUCUGAUGGCCGGGGGUGCGUUUUAUAAAUCCAAAUGGAAUCUGGCGUCAGGGUAUUGGAGCCGGCCGCUCCAGAUGUGCAACUGUGACAAAUGUUUGGCUGAGCGUGACAAGGAGUUGAAAGACAUUUUGGACGUGUCGCCCAAGCCCUUUUUGUCCAAGUGGGACCGGACCUCGGAGGACGAGUUCAACUGGUGGAAGCACUUGCAGUUUGAGAAGCGACCCUUCAGUGUCUUCAAUGAAAUAGUCGACCGACUAUUCACCAUCUUUCCAUCCGUCCCCGAUGUGGAGGGGCCGUCCCCGUAUCGUUGCAGGAAGUGCGCGGUGGUUGGCAAUUCGGGUAAUCUCAAGGGCUCAGGCUACGGGAAACUUAUUAAUGACCAUGAUAUUGUAAUCAGAAUGAACCACGGGCGAACUAAGGGCUACGAGGAAGACGUGGGCACCAAGACGACUCAUCACGUCAUGUAUCCCGAGAGCGCCGUCUAUUUGGACAAUUCCACUCAUCUUGUGCUGUUUUCAUUCAAGAUCAACGACUUACUGUGGCUGCUCAGGACCUUCACCCCAAGAGAAAACGGGCAGGAAAACCCAGAGAAGCGAGGCAACAAGAACCUGGUGAUGAUGCUCAAUCCGGCCUUCAUGAAGUACGUCCAUGAAGUGUGGCUGAAAGGGGCAGGGCGCUACCCAUCCACCGGAUUUAUGGUCUUCGUUCUCAGCUUGCAGAUGUGUGAUGAGGUCAGUGUUUUUGGGUUUGGAGCAAAUCAAGAUGGAAACUGGCACCAUUAUUUUGAAAAGAUGAAGAUCAAUCAAAUGAGAAUUCACCAUGGCAUUCAAGAGUAUGAAAUGAUUCAACAGUUGCAUCAGAAGCAGAUCAUUCGUUUUUUUAAAGGACUAUAAUCGUUUGAUUCAUCCCUCAAAAAAACCCUACAUUUGUUUACGUUCUUUUGUAGGGUUUUGGGGCAUCUGGUUCUUCACACACGAUAUUUAUUCACUCAGUCAUCAUUCCAUUCAAUUCAGUGUUUUUGUUCUUGCAUUGCUUCAAUGGUUGUAUUUUUGGUUCUUGCCUGGUGGUGCCUUACUUGCUUCGAAAAUGAUGUCUUUAAUGCAAGCCUAAGUGAGGAUAAGCGACAUAGAAGAUGGAUGGAAACGUGCAAAGCACCCAAGCCAAGUGACUCAAAUUUGUAGUUCUGGUACACCCAAUGUGCCUGCGAGAUGCCUUGUAUACAAUUCUCAUUACCAGCAGCCUUAAAGUAAAACGUGGACUAUUAGUUUUAUUUAAGACCACCAUAUCACUGAAAAGAUGAAAUAAAUAUUUGUACUACAUA